AGUUUUUGAAUCAGUUAAGCAUAAACUUUCAGUCGGUUCGGUUAAGAUUGUCAAUUUAGGCUUUGCCAAAGUAACGGUCACAAGAAGUAGAAGGAUUAAAUAAAUACUUCUUAGUCAAUAUAGCGUUUAGAAUACGAAUAUUUAUCGAUAUUUUUACAACACUUCAAAUGUUCAAUGAAUCGAUUAUUUAGCUAAUGGAAAAAUAAUUUGAAUUUAACGAAUCUUCCUUAAAAAAAUAAUAAAAACAAAAUAAAACAAAACAACGAAACACAACCAUGACUGUAACAUAGCUUGGAUAACAAAAUUAUAAAUAUAUUGCUAAAUAAUUUGUGCGUUUGUUUAAUAGCUUUAUAGUGUUUUUGUGUGAAAUCGUGUGUUAGUUUAUAUAAUCAUUAAAUUAUAAUUUAAAUUAUCUUACAUUAAAAAAAAAAAUUUGUCAUCAAAAUGGAAAACAUUACAUCAAAUUUUGAUUAUGCUGCUGAAAUUGUCAAAGUUGCAUUUGAAGAAUUAAAUACACAUCAUUUGUCUGGAAAUUACACAGGAUUAAUUCCAAGAUAUUACUGGCUGGUCGAAGAGGAAUAUGGAGAUCCAAGAGCGAAAAGAUUUCCCUUAAUGGAUAAUCCCCUGCCCACCUUUGGCCUAGUAGGACUUUACCUGUCAUGGGUGUUAGUUGUUGGUCCAAUGUUUAUGAGAGAUAGAAAGCCAUUUCAACUGCGACAAACACUGAUCGUUUAUAAUGCGUUUCAAGUUUUAUUGAGUGGUUACAUGUUCUAUGAGCAUCUUAUGGCUGGGUGGCUGAAUUUAUAUAAUCUUAAGUGUCAACCUGUGGACUAUUCUGAUGGACCAAUGUCAAAACGGAUGCUCAACUUGUGCUAUAUAUAUUAUUUAUCAAAACUGACUGAAUUCGCGGACACAAUUUUCUUUGUGUUAAGAAAAAAGACAUCACAGAUCACUUGGCUGCAUGUGUAUCAUCAUUCGCUGACUCCACUAGAGACAUGGGUUUUAGUUAAAUUCAUUGCCGGUGGCAAUGCAACAUUCCCAAAUCUUUUGAACAACUUUGUUCAUGUGUGCAUGUACUUUUAUUACAUGAUGUCUGCGAUGGGCCCAGAAUACUCAAAGUUCCUCUGGUGGAAAAAAUAUAUGACUGAACUUCAAAUCGCUCAAUUCAUCUUAUGCAUAGGACACACCAUCCGCGCCUUAUUCUCCAACCAAUGCAAAUUCUCAAAGUUCAUUUCAUCACUUCUGCUAUUGAACUCGCUGAUAUUCUUCUGCUUAUUCAUGAAUUUCUACAUUCAAAGCUACAAGAAAUCGAAUAACAAUAAAUUGGAAGCUGCUAAAUGCAAAGAACCUGUGAAGGCUGUCGAAGGCGCCAAAGUUAAGGCCAAUUAACCAAAAAUAAUAAAAAAAAUAAAGCAUAACAAGGGAACAAAAAUAUUAAAAGAUAUAAAAUGUAUAAAAAUAAAUAAAAAACAUCCCUAAGACUUUCGUUAAAUGUUAUUUUGUUUUUUGGCUUAGAAUUAAUUUUAUUUGUUAUUUUAUUUGUUUGUAAAUAAAAUCGAAAAUUAAAUUUAAUUUUGAGCUUAGAAAUAAAGUACAUAAAUAUUUUAGAUAAUUGACAAUAAAAAAACGUUUUGGUUGUGUAAAUUUAUCACAAAUUAUAUUUGUAAGUUUCUAACAUAAUUAAAUGUAGUAAAAAUGUUUAAUUUUAUAAUAAGAUAGAUAUUAUUGAAAUAAAUAAAAAAAAAAAUAAAUAAAAAAACGCAAUAAAGUAGAUAUCUAUUUAUAAUUAUAAUUUACCUUAAAUUAAGAAAUUAACAUUUAUACAAAAUGCUUACAAGAGAUUUUUUUAUAAAUAUUUAACAUUUCUGUAAAUAAUUAAAAAAUGUAUAAAAGUAAGACCAGAUAUGUUUAUAUAAAGUACAAUAAAAUAUAUGUAUAUAUUUUUAUAUUGUUAAACCCUUUUUAAAACUAAAAGGUGUAGAGUAUAUGGAAUAAAUAUAAAAUAAAAUAUUUACAUAUCAUAUAGCUUGGGAAGCUUUUUAUGACCUAACCGAACCGAAAUAUUGUAUAAUUCUAUAGUUUGGAAAGAUUUUUUAUAGAUUAUAUAAUAUGUACUUCCUUUAAAUAUUAUUAGUAAUUUUAUUUGUUUGUUCGAACUUAUUUGUUUCUUUUUAUUUUCAAUUCUUAUCCUAGUCUU